CAUUUUACCGGAUAUCAGUGCAGCCAACCCCGUAUGUUGACAUCUAUAGCUUAACAUAACCUUUCUUGCAUUAUACGUGAAGGUGUCAGUUCUGGUUCAUUUACACAACACCUAUAAAUCAGCAAAAUGACCAAUUCUAAAGGCUAUCGCCGCGGUACCAGAGAUAUGUUCUCUCGGCCCUUCCGUAAAAGUGGCACAAUUCCACUAUCGACCUAUCUAAAAGUGUAUAAGGCAGGAGACUACGUCGAUGUCAAGGGUCAUGGUGCAGUCCACAAGGGUAUGCCAUAUAAGGCGUACCAUGGUAAAACCGGUCGUGUAUACAAUGUGACCAAGCACGCUCUGGGUGUUAUCGUGAACAAACGUGUACGUGGUAAGAUACUGGCCAAGCGCAUUAAUGUUCGCGUGGAACACGUCAAGCCUUCGCGUUGCCGUGAGGACUUUCUUCGUCGUGUUAAAGAAAACGACAAAGCACGGCAUGAAGUCAAGACCAAGAACCCGAAGGCCAAAAUUUGUUUAAAGCGUAAACCAGCGCCACCCCGAGGAGAACAAGUAAUUGUUAAUCCACCAACGCCGGUCUUUUUGGCUCCUAUCCCGUACGAGUUCAUUGCAUAAGAAACGAUAUGUGAAGUUGCAUAAGUUAAUACAAAACAAAUUUAAUCAAAA